AAUUAUUGUCUCUCUUCUCGCUGCUCUAGCUUCCUCCUCCCCCCCCGUCGUGAGACGAAACAAGCAGAUUCGAGGCUUGCCCUGCCCCGUCUGUGUUUGGAGACAGUGUCUUUUUUUUUCUAUUUCUAUUUCUGGUCUUCCUCCCUGUCAGCGUAGGUCUCUUCUUUUUUUUAUUGUUCCUUUGCUGUCUCGCGCAGUGCGCAAUGGCUCUCGCUACUCGCUGUGGGCACGCAGCCGCCCUGUUGCGUCAGCGAGGUUUGGUGGAAACUCGGGCGACGCUGGCGGUGCGCGCCUUUUCCUCCGCCUCACACACCCCCUCCGCCCUGCGCUCUACGGCGUCGUGUCUGCGCCUGCAGCAGCAGCAGCAGAAGGGCGCUGCCUCGUGGCGACCGCAGCAGCUGCGUUCCUUCUCCAGCACCCUGCGCCGUCUGGCCGCCGAGGCCGAGAGCUCCCCCUCCGCCCAUUCCUACCUGGCCAGCGGUGCCGUCAAGACCGGCGGUAAUCUGGUCGACGUGAAGAAGGUCUUGGUUAUUGGUAGCGGUGGUUUGAGUAUUGGUCAGGCUGGUGAAUUCGAUUAUUCAGGCUCCCAGGCUCUCAAGGCUCUCAAGGAGGCCAAUGUCAAGUCGGUGCUGAUCAAUCCCAACAUUGCCACCAUCCAGACCGAUCACAAGCUCGCCGACGAGGUCUACUACCUGCCCGUCACCCCGGAAUAUGUGACCCACGUGAUCGAGCGAGAGCGCCCCGACGGCAUCCUGCUCACCUUUGGCGGACAGACCGGUCUGAACCUGGGGGUGCAGAUGAACCGCAUGGGCAUCUUCGAGCGGUACGGCGUCAAGGUCCUGGGAACCAGCAUCAAGACCCUGGAGACCAGUGAGGACCGCGAUCUCUUCGCCAAGGCCCUGAACGAGAUCAACAUCCCCAUCGCCGAGUCCAUUGCCGUCAACACCGUCGACGAGGCCCUCGAUGCCGCCAAGGAGGUUGGCUACCCCAUCAUCGUGCGGUCCGCCUACGCGCUCGGGGGUCUGGGCUCCGGUUUCGCCAACGAUCCCGAGGAGUUGAAGAACCUGGCUUCCCGCUCGCUGUCUCUGGCUCCCCAGAUCCUCGUGGAGAAGUCUCUCAAGGGCUGGAAGGAGGUCGAAUACGAGGUCGUCCGUGAUGCCGCCAACAACUGUAUUACCGUCUGCAACAUGGAGAACUUUGAUCCCCUCGGUAUCCAUACCGGUGACAGUAUCGUCGUCGCCCCAAGUCAGACCCUGUCGGACGAGGAGUACCACAUGCUCCGUACCGCCGCCAUCAAGAUCGUCCGCCACCUGGGGGUCGUCGGUGAGUGCAACGUCCAGUACGCUCUCCAGCCCGAUGGCCUGGACUACCGUGUCAUCGAGGUCAACGCCCGUCUGUCUCGUUCCUCCGCUCUGGCCUCCAAGGCCACCGGCUACCCUCUCGCCUACACCGCCGCCAAGAUCGGUCUCGGCCACACUCUGCCCGAGCUCCCCAACGCCGUCACCAAGACCACCACCGCCAACUUCGAGCCGAGCUUGGACUACAUCGUCACCAAGAUCCCCCGUUGGGACCUGAGCAAGUUCCAGCACGUCAACCGCGACAUCGGCAGCGCCAUGAAGUCCGUCGGCGAGGUCAUGGCCAUCGGCCGUACCUUUGAGGAGUCCUUCCAGAAGGCCAUCCGUCAGGUGGACCCCAGGUUCAUCGGUUUCCAGGGCGACAAGUUCGAGGACCUCGACGAGGUUCUCCGGAACCCCACCGACAGACGCUGGUUGGCCGUCGGCCAGGCCAUGCUGCACGAGAACUACUCCGUCGAGAAAGUUCACGAGCUGACCAAGAUCGACAAGUGGUUCCUGUACAAGCUCCAGAACAUCGUCGACUGCCAGAACGAGCUCAAGGAGAUUGGUAGCCUCUUCGGCAUCAAGAAGGAGAUCAUGCUCAAGGCCAAGAAGCUCGGCUUCUCCGACAAGCAGAUCGCCCUUCUUGUCGGCUCGACCGAGGAUGAUGUCCGGGCUCGCAGGAAGAGCUUCGGCAUCAGACCCUGGGUCAAGAAGAUUGACACCCUGGCCGCCGAGUUCCCCGCCGACACCAACUAUCUCUACACCACCUACAACGCCACCUCCCACGAUGUCACCUUCGACGAUCACGGCACCAUCAUCCUGGGCAGCGGCGUCUACCGCAUUGGCAGCUCGGUCGAGUUCGAUUGGUGCGCCGUCAAUGCCACGCUCUCCCUGCGCAACAUGGGCAAGAAGACGGUCAUGAUCAACUACAACCCGGAGACCUACUCCACCGACUUCGACACGGCCGACAAGCUCUACUUCGAAGAACUCAGCUAUGAGCGUGUCAUGGACAUCUACGAGCUCGAGAACGCCAAUGGUGUCGUCGUCUCGGUCGGUGGCCAGCUCCCUCAGAACAUCGCUCUCCGUCUGCAGGAGACCGGUGGGGCGACCAUCCUCGGCACGGAUCCCAAGGAUAUCGACAAGGCCGAGGACCGUCACAAGUUCUCGCAGAUCCUGGACAGCAUCGGUGUGGACCAACCCGCGUGGAAGGAGCUCACCUCGGUCUCCGAGGCCGAGAGCUUCGCCGAGACCGUCGGCUACCCCGUGCUGGUCCGUCCCAGCUACGUUCUGUCCGGCGCCGCCAUGAGUGUCAUCUACAACGGCAACGAGCUCAAGGAGAAGCUUCUCAACGCCUCCGCCGUCUCCCCCGACCACCCGGUCGUCAUCACCAAGUUCAUCGAGGGCGCCCAGGAGAUCGACGUCGACGCCGUCGCCUCUAACGGCAAGCUCAUCCUGCACGCCGUCAGCGAGCACGUCGAGCCCGCCGGUGUGCACUCUGGUGACGCCACCCUGGUUCUGCCCCCCGCGGAUCUGGACGAGUCGGUCAUGGCCCGCGUCAAGGAGAUCGCCGAGAAGGUUGCCAAGGCCUGGAACAUCACCGGUCCCUUCAACAUGCAGAUCAUCAAGGCCGACGAGGAGGGCGCCGAGCAGCCCGCUCUCAAGGUCAUCGAGUGCAACCUGCGUGCUUCUCGUUCCUUCCCCUUUGUCAGCAAGGUCCUGGGCACCAACUUCAUCGACGUUGCCACCAAGGCCCUCGUUGGCAAGGAUGUCCCCGAGCCCGUCGACCUCAUGAAGGUCAAGCGUGACUACCUCGCCACCAAGGUGCCCCAGUUCAGCUGGACCCGUCUUGCCGGCGCCGACCCCUUCCUCGGCGUCGAGAUGUCCAGCACGGGUGAGAUUGCUUGCUUCGGAAAGGACCUCAUCGAGGCCUACUGGGCGUCUCUGCAGUCCACCAUGAACUUCCGUGUUCCCGAGCCCGGUGAGGGUCUGCUUCUCGGCGGCGACGUCAACAACCCGGCUCUGUCCCAGGUCGUCGAGUACCUCAAGCCCCUCGACUUCAAGCUCUAUGCCGCCAGCCCCGAGGUCAAGGCCCACCUGGAGUCUACCGUCGGUGUCUCCGUCGAGGUCAUCGAGUUCCCCAAGCAGGACAAGCGCGCCCUCCGUGCUGUCUUUGAGAAGUACAACAUCCGUGGUGCCUUCAACCUGGCCAAGAAGCGCGGCGAGACCCUCCUGGAUGAGGAUUAUGUCAUGAGACGCAAUGCCGUGGACUUUGGCGUGCCCCUCUUCAUGGAGCCUAAGACUGCCGUCCUGUUCGCUCAGUGCAUGAACGUGAAGCUUCCCCGCCAGGAAGGCAUUCCUUCCGAGGUUCGCAGCUGGUCCGAGUUCUCCGGUACUAAGAUGCUGUGAAGUCGUUUUCAAAAAAAAAAAGUCCUCCUCGUUUUUCCAUGUACCGGAUUUGAACUCCUGACAUCAGAGGUCUGAUUUGACCCUUCCUCUUCCCCUUCCCCUUCCUCUUCCUCUUCUUCUUCUUCUUCUCUUCUUUUUGUUUGGGCAUUGCUCCUUGCUUCCCCUGGCUAGGAAGCCGGGAACAGUGAAAAACGGUGUCGUCUGCUCUUAUGAUUCUCCUUGAUGUCGUUUCAUUCUGGUUGGUUACCAUAUUCG